UAUUUUGUUUCUGGCUACAUUACAAUCUUUGGUGGUUCUGUUUUUUUUAAUGUUUGUUUGAUUAAUUUGUUCAAAACACAUUUGUACUUCAUUUCACUCGGAUCAUUCUUUUUUUUAAUUGUCCGGGAUUUCGUUUUCGAAUCUUUUUAUUUUUAUUUUUUUUUUAAGAAAAGAACCGAACCAACAGAGAAACAACAACAACAACAACAACAAUGGCAUUUGGAAUCAGAUUUGCACCAUUUCUUAUACCAUUUCGACGCCGAUUACAAACAUUUGCCGUAUUUUAUUUUGUUGCAAAUUUUCUUUUUACUGGAACAUUAACAUUGUUAUUAUUGUUAUCUAUUUUAUUUACACGUUAUUAUUAUAUACCAAUUUUAUAUCUUUGUUGGUGGAUAUUUGAUCAUGAAACACCAUUACGUGGUGGACGAAGAAGUAAUUGGUAUCGUCGUUUAUCAAUGUGGAAAUGGUUUGCCGAAUAUUUUCCCGUUCGUUUGAUUAAAACAGCCGAUUUACCAGCGGAUAGAAACUAUAUAUUCGGUAUACAUCCACAUGGUAUACUUUGUCAUUCACAUUUUGUUAAUUUUGGUACGGAAGGAACAAAUUUUUCCGAACUAUUUCCCGGUAUAACACCACAUUUGAUUGCAUUGAAUUUUCAAUUUCAAUUACCAAUACAACGUGAAUUAUCAUUAAUGAAUGGUGCUUGUUCACCAUCAAAAGAAAGUUUAGAAUUUAUUCUUAGUAAGAAAAAAGGAACCGGUAAUGCUGCAGGUCUGAUAAUAGGUGGUGCACGUGAAGUAUUGGAUACAAUACCAAAUACAAUGAUAUUGACAUUGAAAAAACGUAAAGGUUUUGCACGUGUUGCAUUAACAAAUGGAGCAUCACUUGUACCCGUUAUAUCGUUUGGUGAAAAUGAACUUUAUCAAACAAUGCAUCAUGAAGAAAUGACUUUGGGUAGAAAAAUACAGGAAAAACUUUUAAAAUUAUUAACAUUUACUCCACCAUUAUUUUUCGGUCGUGGCGUUUUUCAAUAUUCAUUCGGUGUAAUGCCAUUUCGUAAAGAAGUUUUUACAGUCGUUGGUAAACCAAUCAAUGUAGAACAAACACCGCAUCCUACCGAUGUACAAAUUGAUGAAUUACAUGAAAAAUAUAUUCAACAAGUAAUCAAUCUAUAUGAGGAACAUAAAAAUAAAUAUGGUUAUGGUGAUAUUCCAAUCAAAAUUAAAUGAAUGAAGAAAAAACAAACAAACAAAAGACAUGAAUUGAAUAAAAAUUU